UAACGAUGAUUUUUUGAACUUCACACAAAGGUUUGAAAGUCAAUAAAUUGAUUAUGAUAUUUUCGGCGGGGCGUAAAACUUGCUCGGCUACAGUCAUAUGUUAUUCUUUUUCACAUGUUAUCGUAAAUUGUCCGCCUAUCAAAAUUUACAGACGUAGUUAUUCCACUCAUCGACGUUAAACCUUGUUGUUUGUUCUUCCUUAAAUUGGCUGCUAGUUGAGUGCGUGAGAUUGCUCGAACUAAUCGUCAUGGAACUACCACCUUUUGAAUUACUUUAUACUACGUCAGAUAUACUUAAUGAAUUAGAAACUGCACUUGAAGAGUUGGAUCAAAGCAAGCUUUUCAAAGAUGUGGGAAGGCGUAGACGUCGGAGGAGAAACGGAGGACUAUAUGGUGUAGGGUUUGAAGCAGAAGAUCCCGACUAUUAUAAUCCAGUGGGGAUAUGCUGUGAUAUCGCCUUCUACACUAAUGAGGAAUAUAAAAGACAUUUAGAUAGUCAUGUUAAAUGUCCUGUUGAUGGCUGCCCAUUUACGUCACAUCAGAAAGCAAUGCGUGUCCAUCAGGAAGUGAUUCACAAUAGUGGUUUGUUUAAUGUCAUCUACCGUGAAACUUGCGAUAAGUCAGUAAAAGUUUGGAGAGAAAGCCGUAAACGAAAUUAUCCAACUAUGGAGCGAGUUCAAGCGAAAAAGAAGCUCAUUGAAGAACGUAUAGAGCGAGGAGAAAUAUUUGAGACACCUCAAUUCGGUUCGAUGAACAAACCGAAUUCAAAUGUCCUACGUUCAUCACAAAUAGGUGAAGUCAAUGCUUCAUCUAACAAAAUGUCAACUUCGUCGAAAAAAACUAGUAAAACUGCGAAACAAUGUCAGACAAAUAGUCCCAGUCCAGUCGUUACAAAUCAAGAAUCUAGCAUACGCUUAGUUCCUACGGAUUACGACAGUGAAAGCACAGAUAAUGACAAUAUUACUGUUAAAGAUAAAUCUUCCUGUGAUAUAACCGAUCCUACUACAGAACCUGUGGAAAAGUUCAAUAAUACUUCAAGCAGUCGACGUCGAAAACGCGGACGAAAGCAAAAAGGCGACAAGACCAAUGAUAAUCCAGAUAACGAAAAUACUGAAAAUUCUCAAGAUGGUCCAUUCGCAUCGCAUCCUUUAGUGAAGCUACAAGUUAAACGACGACAAUGUCUAAGUGACAUUCAUCGUAUACAUAGUCGUCCAACGCUACUACAGAUGUUAUUAGCUGAAGAUAUUCGAAAAGAACGUAAUCAACUUAUGCAAUGUAUUCGUUAUAUUGUUAAUGAGAAUUUCUUUCAAGUAUAACACAUUUCAAAUGACACUGAUCUAUAUAUUUUAUAAUAAUAAUAAUAAUAAGAGAUUUGUCAAAAGCUGAAAAAUAAAGUGUAAUCAUAUUUGUAUAUAAAUAUAUUGAAGAAAAAUAUUGUGUAUAUUUUCAUUUCUUUAAUUUGUAUCUAGUUUAGUAAUGAUCAAUAUUUU